UGUUUUGUCUACAUUAUCUGUUCUGUCAUGGCUGUCAUGUAGGCAGGAUAGUGCAGUGCAGUCAUUUUGCUGCAAUUACAAGUAAAUAACAGUGCUAAACAGUAAAUAUUCUAUAAAUUAAGUAUUAAAAUACAUUAUAGUGUGAAAUUCUACAAAUCUAAAAAUGCCUGAAAGAUGCUAGGUGACAUCCAUCUAACCAAACGCUUAGUAGUGAUCGCAUUAGUUCUUGGCAUUAUUUUGAUUUUGAAGGAAUACGUAUUUAUUUAUCCGAUAUGAGUAGCCGUAGGGUUGCUUAUUUCUACAAUGCGGACGUAGGGAACUUCCACUACGGGCCGGGGCACCCGAUGAAGCCCCAUAGGCUGUCUGUUACGCAUAGUUUGGUGUUGAAGUAUGGGCUGCAUAAGAAAAUGCAGGUAUACAAGCCGUACAGAGCAAGUGCGCAUGACAUGUGCCGGUUUCACAGUGAGGACUACAUAGAGUUUCUGUCCAAUGUUACGCCGCAGAAUAUACAGAGCUAUUCCAAAGACUUGCUCCACUACAAUGUUGGUGAUGACUGCCCAGUCUUUGACGGGCUGUUCGAUUUCUGCUCCAUGUACACAGGCGCAUCUCUAGAAGGUGCCAUGAAGCUGAAUAAUAAUGCCUGUGACAUUGCCAUUAACUGGUCUGGUGGUCUUCAUCAUGCUAAGAAGUUUGAGCCUUCUGGAUUCUGCUAUGUAAACGACAUAGUAAUAGCAAUAUUAGAGCUCCUAAAAUACCAUCCCAGGGUACUAUACAUUGACAUAGACGUCCACCACGGAGACGGAGUCCAGGAAGCAUUCUACUUAACAGACCGAGUUAUGACUGUCAGCUUCCAUAAGUAUGGGAACUACUUCUUCCCUGGGACGGGAGACAUGUAUGAGAUCGGGGCUGAGAGUGGGAGAUAUUAUUCGGUGAAUGUGCCGCUUAAGGAAGGGAUUGAUGACCAGAGUUAUGUUAUGGUGUUCAAGCCAGUGAUUCAAAGCGUAAUGGAGUUCUACCGACCCACGGCGAUCGUGCUACAGUGCGGUGCGGAUUCCUUGGCAGGCGACCGGCUGGGAUGCUUCUCUCUAUCCACCAAGGGCCACGGGGAGUGCGUCAACUUCGUGAAGACCCUGAACGUGCCUACGCUAGUCGUUGGUGGUGGCGGGUACACGCUACGCAACGUAGCUCGCUGCUGGACGUACGAGACCUCCCUUCUGGUAGACGAGAACAUCUCCAACGAGCUACCUUUAACGGAAUACUUGGAGCUGUUUGCACCUGACUUCCAGCUUCAUCCAGAGAUUAGCAGUACAAACAACGCCAACAGCAAGCAAUAUUUAGAAGCCAUAACAAAGUACACGUACGACAAUCUCAGGAUGUGCCAGCACUCGCCCGCCGUACAGAUGUCACAUGUGCCAGGUGACUUCUUCCCCGAGGACUACAAGAUCAAAGACGAGCCGGACCCGGACAUCCGCAUCAGCCAAGAGGAGUCCGACAAGAUGGUGGAGCCCAAGAACGAGUUCUACGACGGCGACACCGACCACGACAAGGAGGCCGUCGUCAAGGAGGAGCCAUAGCAGGCCGCCGCCGCCGCCGGCACCGGAGCUACUUGACACACACACUAUAGGAAGAAGUUCAUGUGAAUAUACAGUACUAUAUUAGUUUAUUUCUUCCGGCAGCCAAGAGCAAGAUGCGUUCCGUCACGCUUAAGGAUGUUAAACAAGAUAAGGUCGUCAAGAUCGUCACUGCCCACUUGAAGACGGGCAAGGUCAAGGUCCUAGAACACACAUACCCCGACUGGUUCUAUGUACGCUGUGCCGCCAUCCUGCGUCAUAUCUACAUCCCCGUCGGAGUCAAGACCGUCACCAGGAUCCUUGGUGGCCACAAACGCAACGGUGUCACACCCUCAGCUUCUGCAGAUUGUCCGGCAGCAUCGCCCGCUAGGCGCUCCAGGCCUUGGCAGCCUUGAAGCUCGUCGAGCAAGUCCAAGAUGGUGGCCGCAUCCUCACCGUCCAGGGCAGGCGUGAUCUCGACAGGAUCGCCGCUCAGGUCAAGCUACAAGGCCAAGCAGCAAGUCAUCGUACUGUAAUUUAUCUAAUUUCUUUAAAAAAGUCUUCUUGAAUAUUUGUUUCGACUUAUCAAAUUGUUUUUGGAAGAUUUGAUUCGAUGGCUAGAUUUAUCAUAAAACAUGUCAUGCUUCGACAUUACUAGUUUAGGGUAGGGUUUUCUUUCUAGCGUUAGCCUGGAGUCCGCUUGGCAACUAAUCCCGAGGAGAGAGGCACUAUUUUUUACGAAAGCGACUGCCAUGUGACCUUUCAACCCAGAGGGGAAAUUAGGCUUUGUUGGGAUUCGGGGUUUGAAACCGCGACCUUCGGAUUGAAGGUCGCACGCUCUUACCGUUAGGCUAUCAUCGUUUUUUCCCUCCUAUCUUAUAUGUACCAUUGAUUGGUUGUCAACGUAUUUCGGUAGAUAUAUUUUCAGUUUCAGAAUCGUAAAAAAUUCAGUUAACCGGUUAGACCAUUAACUGGUUAACCCCAGGUUAGUGGGAUGGUGCAAGUGUAAAUGGUGAAUACGCCCAUGAAUCCCAUUACACAAUUUAUAGUGAAAUUAUGAUUUAAAUUAAUUUUGUAUUGUUUCGAACCCGGGACAGUUAGAAGGCGUCGCUACUGCUGUCAACCAGUUCCUGUACUAUGGAAGAAGUUUAUCUGAAUAUGUAUAAUAUUGUUCUAUGCUUCGUCUGCGAGUUUGGUCGGUUAGGAGUCGUUUAAAACUUUAACUUUCGACUCCAUUUUCACACCCUUGGGUUUGAAUUGAAUUUCUAUAAGUAUAGAGCUUUAUAUUCAUUCAAUUGGUUAAAGCUGUGCCUGUCAAUGUGACCUAAGCUGUAUAUAAUUAAUAAUAGUGAGUAGGUGAUAAUUAGUAAUGUACUACGAAAUUAUGAAUUGAUAUUCACUGCCAGCGACCCUAUGCGGGUUUUUUUUUACGUAGGUGCUUUUCGACGCUCGUAGUGCGCAAGCAGUUAAUGUAUUUUUUUCUUUUUUAAGCCAGGUCUCCGAUGAAACUGUUAGUUCGUAAGACUACCUAAGCUACCAAGGAGACACGGCUUGAACACAUUUGUAUUAAGUUUAGUUUAAGUAGAAUUUACUGGGUUGAUUAUUGUGCAAAAUAUUGCAGGCGUAGUUUUGAUAACUGAACUAGAUGGUUGUGUUUAUCCAAUUUCGCGUAGAUAGGCAACUACUGUCAAUUGUAUGAAUUUUAUGAGAUGAUUAUUUCGGCUCGGGUCCUAAUCUGUUAAAAAAGCCUUUGUUUCUUUUGUGUAGUCAUCAGCUUCCCUUCACGGCACGUUCUAAAGUAACUAUGUCGUCAAAAAGGAAGUAUCGUGAUAGUAUUAAGAUUCAAAAUUGUUUUUUAUUUAAACUUUAUUGCACAAACAAAGGAAAAUUUACAAAUUUAUGUAGUCUUAUUCGAAGAACAAUCAGCCGCGUGAGUGGCAAAAACGGCAGGUCAUUUUUUUGAUAUAACAAAACUUGCUAUCUCCGAAUGGAUGGUUUCAUGAAUUCGAACAAUAUAUGUUUCGAAAAAAAAAAAACAAAACAACACGAGUCAAACCGUAAAAUUAUCUUACUGUUAUUAUGUCUCACACUUUAAAUUCGAAUAUUCGCACCUGUCUCAUUAUUCCUUUGUCUAUUAUUAGAAUUAAUAUAGAAUAGUUGAUCAUUAUAGUUCAAUAUAGUUCGUGUCAUCCAUGAUGACGCGGAGAUUUGUCAAAUCUAACCUUUAAUAACCUGUUAUUACGAGUUAAGGCAAGCGUCUUCGUGAAUGACACGAUUUAUAUAUUAUAUGCUUUUACGUCAAGCCGGGCACUAGAAGUAAAACCCGACGAAAUAUAAGAUCAUUGUCAAGAGGGCGCUGUUAUUCUCAUGUAUAGAGUGACAGUUAAGUUUAGUAUAAAAAAUUUAGUUCCGAUAAAAUAACGCAAUAUGGCGCGUGAUCAUAUAAUACUGGACAGGCUUUAAGUAACUUUUCAGUUUUGUAAGCCCUAUCAUUUUUUUCUGUUCAGUUGCCAUCAGAUAUAUCAUCAUCAUAUCAGCCUUUUUUCGCCCACUGCUGAGCAUAUCUCUCUUCAAGUACGCCACUUAUCCCGGUCCUGAGCCAAUCUCAUCCGGAAGUGACCCGCAAUCUUCGGAAUGUCGUACACCCAACGAGACAACGGACGCCAGGCGCUCCUUUCGUCUAAAAGUGGCCACCAUUCCGUUAACAUUUUGGUCCACCUACCAUCCUAAUAUAUCAGAUAUAGCGAAGCAGACAAAGGUUCUCAAAAAUAUCUGACCAUGUUUUUUAACGUCAUGUAAAUUGAGGCUUUCUUCCGAUAUUUUUGAACACCUUGGCCACGCCAAUGUAUCUGAUGGCGACUGAGGGCCUACCGCGAACCACGUUCGACGUGUUGCGUCCCUGUCACACUUACGUACGAAUUUACAAGUGCGACAGAGAGGCAACACGUCUAACGUGGUUCGCGGUAGGCCCUCUGACCGUUUAAUAUAGGUUUGUACUUAAGAAUACGUAGAUCGAUAUUUGCCUACAAUGUAGGAAAAGAUUGUGUUUUAUAAACAUGGGCGUUGAAGUAAUUUUUAAGUAAGAUAAUAUGAAUUAUGUUGAGAUUUUUUUAUCAGCCUUUGUAGAGCAUAAUUUUUUAAAAUUAUUAUAUAUCAAUUAUGAAAUCUGUAAAUAAAAUGUUUUAGAAUAAGAUGAAAUAAAUUAUAAUUUUACAAAAACUA